GCGGCGGCGGGAGCCGGACGCGGCGAGGCCGCGCGCGGGGUGGGGGGCGGGGCAGCGUCCGGCGCCGCCGCCGACCAGGAGCAGCCGCCCGCCGCCGCCGCGGGGCUUCGGGGCGCAGCGGGGAGCCUGCCGGUCCCCCGGUCGCACCGGUGCGGCCGCUGCCCCCGCGGAGAUGCGGCCGGUCUCUUAGGAUGAGGUGUUGGUAGCAGGUACAGGGGCCGGACGCGGCCUGGGGGGCCGGGGCGAGCCCUUCUCCGCCGGGGCUCAUUUCUGGAACCUUCCUUCCAUCGCCCCGGGGUGGUAAUAGAAUAAUUGAAAAUAAGAAUAUCCAGAAAUUAAGAUAAGAACCAAAAGAUCCAAAUAGGGAGGCAUCCGUAUUUCAAGAUCUCCAGGAAGAGUUAGAAAUAGUUAAAAUGGAAGCAAAAGCUUGUGAGCCAAAUAAUGAAGAUCUUUUACCAGGUAGUGGUAUCACACCCAAUGGAGGUUCUUCAAGCCCAUUUUUUGUGUCAUCUAUUCGUGGUACAAUAAUUGAAAACACAGCUUCAAGUGGGACUUUGACACAAAUUCCUUUUUUCCCUAAAUAUGAAGUAGAACUUGAUUCUCAUAGAAAAGUCAUCCCUUACCCUGGAAAGGAACACAUUGAACGUGUUUUGGAGGAAUAUUCACAUCAAGUCAAAGAUUUACAGAGAAGAUUAAAUGAAAGCAAUGAGUUGCAUGAGAAACAAAAGUUUUACUUAAGGCAGUCAGUCAUCGAUUUACAAACAAAACUUCAAGAAAUGCAAAUGGAAAGAGAUGCUAUGGCUGACAUCAGACGAAGGGAGAGUCAGUCCCAGGAGGAUUUAAGAAAUCAGCUUCAAAAUACAGUUCAUGAACUUGAGGCUGCAAAAUGCCUUAAGGAGGACAUGUUGAAGGACAGUAGCGCACAGAUAGAGCAGCUAAGAAAAAUGAUGCUUAGUCACGAAGGAGUACUUCAAGAAAUCAGAUCAAUCCUAGUUGACUUUGAAGAAGCCUCAGGCAAGAAAAUACAUGAACAUGACAUGUCUGCUAUGCACUUCCGAAGCUUGGGCUCUGCUAUUAGUAAAAUUCUAAGAGAAUUAGACACAGAGAUUUCUUAUCUUAAAGGGAGGAUAUUUCCAGUAGAGGAGCAACUUGAAACAUUGAAAUCUGAAUCACAGAACAAAAUAGAACUACUGCUUCAACAACAUCAAGAUAGGAUUGAGCAGUUGAUAAGUGAACAUGAAAUUGAAAUAACAGGACUUACUGAGAAAGCUAGCAGUGCUCGAAGCCAAGCCAAUAGUAUCCAAAGCCAACUGGAAAUCAUUCAAGAGCAAGCAAGAAAUCAAAACUCCAUGUAUAUGCGUCAACUCAGUGACCUGGAAUCUACUGUUUCUCAGCUGCGUUCUGAACUUAGGGAAGCCAAAAGGAUGUAUGAAGACAAAAUAGAAGACCUGGAGAAGCAGCUAGUCCUUGCCAGUUCAGAGCUCACAGAGGCUCGCACGGAACGGGAUCAGUUCAGUCAGGAAUCUGGGAAUUUGGAUGAUCAACUGCAAAAGCUACUGGCAGAUCUACACAAGAGAGAGAAAGAGUUGAGUCUGGAAAAGGAGCAGAACAAGCGUCUUUGGGACCGAGACACAGGCAACAGCAUCACCAUUGACCACCUGCGGCGGGAACUGGAUGACCGGAACAUGGAGGUGCAGCGCCUGGAGGCCCUGCUCAAGGCCAUGAAGAGUGAAUGUCAGGGCCAGAUGGAGCGGCAGAUGGCAGCAAUUCAAGGGAAGAAUGAGAGCUUGGAAAAGGUGUCUUCUCUGACUGCACAGCUUGAGUCCACCAAGGAGAUGCUGCGCAAAGUGGUAGAAGAGUUGACAGCCAAGAAGAUGACCCUGGAAAGCUCAGAGAGGACAGUGUCAGACCUGACAGCUUCCCUCCAGGAAAAAGAGCGAGCCAUCGAGGCCACCAAUGCAGAGAUCACCAAGCUUCGCUCCCGGGUGGACUUGAAAUUGCAGGAGCUUCAACACCUGAAAACUGAAGGGGAUCAUCUUAGAAAUGUGCAGACAGAAUGUGAGGCACUCAAGCUUCAGAUGGCAGAAAAGGACAAGGUGAUCGAGAUUUUGCGCCAGCAGAUCGAAAACAUGACCCAGCUGGUUGGCCAGCAUGGAAGAACUGCCGGUGCUAUGCAAGUAGAAAAGGCUCAGCUGGAGAAAGAGAUUAAUGAUAGGAGACUGGAACUGCAGGAAUUUAAGAUUUUAAAAGAUAAAAAAGAUGCCAAGAUCCGAGAACUUGAAGCCAGAGUGAGUGACCUAGAGCUAGAAAAGGUGAAGCUGGUGAAUGCAGGCUCUGAGCGGCUACGUGCGGUGAAGGACAUCAAACAAGAGAGAGAUCAGUUAUUAAAUGAGGUGAAGGCUAGUAGGAGUGAAUUAAACAAUCUGUCAGAGGACUAUGAAGUCUUAAAAAGGAAUUUUCGAAACAAAAGUGAAGAGAUGGAAACUACAACAAAUAAACUGAAAAUGCAAUUAAAAUCUGCACAGUCUGAAUUGGAACAAACAAGGAAUACACUAAAAUCCAUGGAAGGAUCUGAUGGUCAUGCUAUGAAAGUGGCAAUGGGGAUGCAAAAGCAAAUCACAGCCAAAAGAGGGCAGAUUGAUGCCCUGCAGAGCAAGAUCCAGUUUUUGGAAGAAGCCAUGACAAAUGCAAAUAAGGAGAAGCAUUUUUUAAAAGAAGAGAAGAGCAAACUCAGCCAAGAAUUGAGCACUGUUGCAACAGAAAAAAACAAGAUGGCUGGAGAACUGGAAGUUCUGCGGUCUCAGGAGCGUCGCUUGAAAGAAAAAGUUGCUAAUAUGGAAGUUGCUCUUGAUAAGGCGUCUUUGCAGUUUGCAGAAUGUCAAGAUAUAAUACAGCGCCAAGAACAAGAAUCUGUGCGCCUAAAACUUCAGCACACUUUGGAUGUUAAAGAACUUCAGGGACCUGGGUACACCUCAAAUUCUUCAAUAAAACCCCGCCUUCUCCAGCCAGCAUCUGUCACUCGCUCUCAUUCUAAUGUGCCAUCUUCUCAGUCUACCGCCAGCUUCCUGUCACAUCACUCUAUGAAGGCAAACACACUGAAGGAAGAUCCCACAAGAGACCUGAAGCAGCUUUUACAAGAGUUGAGAAGUGUGAUCAAUGAGGAGCCAGCUGUGCCUCUGAGCAAGGCUGAGGAUGACGGGAGAACGCCCUCUCUCGGGGCCUUGAGUGUGGCUGUAGAUGACAGAGUAAGAGAUUGUAUUACUGAAUCAACCCUGAGAGCAGAACUAUGCCACAGAAGCAGCAACUCAUUGAGGGAAUCUACUGAAGGCAGCAAGUCAAGUGAAACCCUUAGCAGAGAUCCAGUCACAUUACAUACAGGAGACCUGGAAGAUCCACCUGGUUGCUUUGUAUUCCCAUCUGCAGUAAGUCCAUCGGUGAAAAACUCAACUUCUCGUUCCUUCACUUCGCCUAAGAAGUCUCCAGUGCACUCACUCCUGACAAGCUCAGCUGAAGAUUCCGUUGGGUCCACAUCACAAUAUAGAUCUACUAAGCCUAUUCAUUCACCUGAUUCUGUUAAAGAUUCACAGUCUCCGCCAGUAGAAACAACAGGAAAAACAUGCAGGAAACUUCAGAACAGACUGGAAAGCUUGCAAACCCUGGUAGAAGAUUUACAGAUGAAAAACCAAGCAAUGUCUUCAAUGAUCAGAAAUCAAGAAAAGAGGAUUCAGAAAGUGAAAGACCAAGAAAAAAUGUUGCUAAAAUGAUGGGUUGCUUGCCUGUUCUUUACAGAGGGAGGGUGCCUGAUUGUGGUGUUACUUAUAAUUAGUACCCUGUGUACUUUUUCUUUUUAUGUCAAAAUUUAAUAAAAGAUACUCUG